GCUCUGAUGAGCACCAACUUACAGGCUAAUUCGCCACUUGAUGGCCGAAACAAAGAACAAAAUUUUCAAAAUUUGCUGCAGGCAUGCCGGGCCGGCGACCUUGAAAGGGUAGAAAGUGGACAUUAUGAAGUGGUAAAGUUUUUACUAGAGAGUGGUGCUCGAUGUGAACAAGACACCUUCGAAGGCGCACGUUGUCUUUAUGGUGCAUUAACAGAGGGAAUAAGGGAACUGUUGCUUAGUCACGAAUUUACAAAGGCCGUUGAUGAAACCCAACCAUAUCGGCACUUUUUGGGUCAAUUGUUCGAAAAACCUUUGGAUUCAUUUUGCGACGUAGUUUUUAAACUGGUUUCCAAUAAUAACUUUGAAACUUUUGAAUUCGCGGCGCAUCGAUGCAUUCUUUGUGCACGCUCGAAAUAUUUUGCCAAAAGAUUCGAAACCACCUGGCUUACAUCCAAAAUUAUAACGAUUCAUCGAAAUCCUCUGUGUUUUCGAGAGAUCCUGAGAUAUUUGUAUACUGGAGAAAUUGGAGAAAUACAGGAAGAAUACAUUAUGGAAAUUUUGGAACUAUGUUACGAAUUUGAUUUAGAUAUAUCGGAAGAGUAUCUUAAUAAGUCUUCACCUAAAAGGGCACAAGAGCGUGAAAAGUUAGAGAUUCAGCGAUUGCAACAGGAUUUAGAACAUUUUUGUAAAACUCGUGUCAUCCGUGACAAGCGAUAUUCCAGCGAAGAUCAAGUAGCGGAAAAUUCAUUGAGUGCACAAGAAUUAGCGCAAGCAGAUCUUAUCAUUAAUGUUGGAAAUCGAACGUUCCCUUGUCACCGAGCAUUUCUUACCAGGCGUUCCGAUUAUUUUAAAGCCAUGUUUACGGGUUCAUUUUCCGAAUCUAUUUUUCACCAUCAGCAGGACAACAAAAAUUUGCCGGUAUUCCAAUUAUCAGGUUGUACUCCAGAAGUCUUUAGUUUAAUCCUUGAAUUCAUUUAUACCGACAAAUGUGAGGUUCCCCCUUCGAUCUCUUAUGAUGUGCUCGUGUCGGCCGACAUGUAUUUGUUGGAUAAGUUAAAAUCCAUCGCAUCCAUAGCUCUCACCAAUCUCAAGGAACCAACCAAAGAUAUAUACACAUUAAUGCGAACGGCGUUGGACCUCGGUGUUGAACGAUUAGAAUCAUGGUGUUCACAUUGGUUCGCCGACCACAUCAAUGAAGUGCUAGAAGAUCCUCAAUUCCUAGAAUUGGUCGAGGAGUCAGCGGCAAGUAUUAAACAACGUCAAGAGACGGACACUAUACCAUUGAUAGAUGAGAUUAGGUAUUGGUUGUCUAAAAAGUAUUGUGUAUUUGAGGAGGAUGUUGAUAAGAAAAGUGGAAGAGUGGUGGAACAUGAAGGGGAAGAGAUUUUGUCGUGGGAAGAAGAGUAUAAUAAAAUUUUGGAACGAAUUGAUCAGGCAUUAGAGAAAUUAAAAUUAGAUGCCUGA